AUGGAGCGCGGGCGGCCGGGCAGGCGGCGGAGCGCGGGCGUGCGGGGCACGGGCGGCAGCAGCGCCGUCAGCAAAUGCUCGGCGGCGGAGCGGGGCUACGUGCGGGACCGCUUCGUGCGGCUCCUCGCGGGCCGGUCGCGGAGGAGAACUGCGCUCAUCCACCGAGGUUAUUAUGUCCGUGCCUGUGCUGUAGAUCACUGUGUUCAAGAUUUCCUGCUGAAGACCAGCGGUCAUCCUAGGAGACAGAUCCUGUCUCUAGGUGCUGGCUUUGACUCCUUGUACUUCCGUUUGAAAGACAUGGAUCUUCUACAUCACACUGUGAUAUAUGAGGUGGAUUUCCCAAGUGUGGCAUGCCAAAAAGCUACUCUGAUCAAGAGGACUGAAGAGUUAUCAGCACUGGUAGAAGAUACUGGAGCAGAAGGGUUAGGAGUCACCACUGCCUUUUCUGGAAAGGAUUAUAGAUUAUUAGGAGUGGAUUUAUCAGAGCUGCCAAAGCUGAGUGUAGCUCUAGAUGAAGCAGGACUGGACACUGAAGUCCCCACCCUUUUCAUAGCAGAGGUGGUGCUCACCUACAUGGAAAACAGCAGGUCAGAUGCCUUGAUUCAGUGGGCAGCAGAGCAUUUCUCUCAUGCAUGCUUUCUGCUCUAUGAGCAGAUGCACCCAGAGGACCCCUUCGGACGUGUCAUGCAACAGCAUUUUAGUCAGCUGAACUCUGCACUUCGUUCUUUGUCUCAAUACCCUGAUCGUGAAGCACAGCAGAAGCGUUUUUUUGAAAAAGGCUGGACUGAGUGCAGCGUCAUGGAUAUGAAUGAGUUUUUCACCCGUUGUAUUCCAGAAGAUGAGCAACACAGAGUGCAGGCUCUGGAGCCUUUUGAUGAAUAUGAGGAAUGGCAUCUGAAGUGUUCUCAUUACUUUGUCUUGACUGCAUCAAAGGGGAUGGAACCCUCCUGGACUCCAUUAUUAUCCAACGUGACAGUUCCUCCUCAUCAUGGCCCUAUCAGGUUGGCUGGGAGUGUCAGUGCAUUGGCAUGUGCAGCUCAGUCUGAAGUUCUUGGCUUGAGACGUUACGGUCACCACUCCGCUCUUAUAAAACCCAAUGUGAUUCUGACCACUGGAGGCUUUGGGGAGGAGAAUGGACAUCACUGUCGUAUGAGGAGUUUUCAUGUUCUUAUGAAGUAUGCAGGCUCCUGGCAAACCAGAUGUGUGAAAAAGGAAAAUCCUGAUAAAAGAUGGGGUGAGCGACUGUACCAUACUGUGUCAUGUCUCUCAGACAGCCUAGCCCUGGUGGUAGGAGGACGAACAUCCCCAUCAAAUGCAGCUUUGGGAAUGUUGUGGCUGAGGUUCCCCAAAAUCUGUGAUGACUCAGGUCCAGGUGAUGUUAUUGUGGAGCCUGUAAGUCUGCAGCCUGCUGCUGAACCAGCUGCUUCACGUUGGAGGCACAGUACAACUGAAGUAAUAUUCAAAGGAGAGAAGUACCUGUUUAUGUAUGGAGGCCGCUCUGUUGUGGAGCCGGUGCUUGGGGAUUGGUAUUUCCUGCACAUCCCAGAAAUUUCCUGUGCUACGAUUCCUGUCGAGGGUCCGGUACCAGAAGGUCGCCACUCUCACAGUGCCUGCAGUUGGAAAGGAGGAGUGCUGAUUGCUGGAGGUUUGGGAGCAGCUGAGCAGCCCUUAAAUUCAGUUUUCCUUCUAAGGGAGACUGAACAUGGCUUUCGGUGGCAGAUUGUAGAGACACAGCCUCCUCUCAUCCCAAGGUAUUCACAUACUGCGCAUGUGCAUGAUGGAAAACUUGUGCUUGUUGGUGGAGUGUGGUUUCACUCGCUGCGUGUGCCAGGCAUCACUAUCAUUGACUUAAUGACUGGUCUGUGCUUGGACUACACAAUUAAUGCGGAACAUUUGGAGUGGCCUUUAAUGCUGCAUAAUCAUAGCAGUGUUUUCCUGCCAGAUGAGAAGGAGUUGUUGCUUAUUGGUGGUGGUGGGAACUGCUUCUCCUUUGGGACACACUUGAAUCCAAAUCCUAUCUCAUUGAACCUCAGCAGCAUUCUGACCAGCCACUAACAGGGACCGUACAGGACUGAACUGUAAUGCUCCACCAUGAUGUGACAUCUGUUUACCUGCAAGUCCAAGCAAAAUGUUACUUACAAUGUUUUUUGUAUCCUGAA